UAGGUCAUAGCUCUUGUGUCCCAAGAAGGUUAUGGAUUUGCAUGAUAGGGACUUUCCAAAAUGGUUCAAUGAGCAUAUAUUGAAACUUCGUCAAAAUAGGAUUGAGGUACCUGAGCACAUCAAAUGUCUAGCUAGAGGUCCUAACUCUGAGGCAAGAAGCUAUAUGGGAUACAUUAUUAAAGGGACCAGGUUUCAUACUAAGGUGCAUGGGAUUAAUAGAAAAACUCAGAAUAGUGGGGUCCUCAUAACUGCAUUGACCAAUAGCUUUUCAAGUCAGAAGGACAAGCAUCCUAUUGAGGGACAUGUCACUUAUUAUGGAAUUCUAAAACAAGUAAUAGAAUUGGAAUACUCGGGGGAUCUCAAAGUAAUGUUAUUUAAGUGUGAGUGGGCUCAUCCUGAGAGGGGACUGGAGAAAGAUGAGCUCUGGUUUACACUUGUAAAUUUUAUUCACUUGAAAUAUAGUGGUGAAAAUGUGAAUGAUGAGCCAUUUGUCCUUGCUGCAAAAGUGGAGCAGGUGUUUUAUGUGUCAGAUCCUCGAAGGUCAGAUUGGUACAUUGCCGUAACUACCAAGAUUAGAGAUACCUAUGACUUGGAAGGUGAGAAAAAUGAUUCUCCGAAUUAG